AUGGUCGCCGCCCAUCCUGCUAGCCGUACAUGGGCUCACGGUUGGCUUUGGCCGAAGCCGAGCCAGUGUCGAGCCAGGAUGGGCUGCGCCAGCUCAAGAGUCACUGGCGUACUCCCCUCGCAGGCCCUGGAGCCUUGCUGGAUCCAGAAGGAGAUUGAGGUGUCUGACAUUCACCUCCAAGAGAUGGCGGGGGAGGUGAACAAGUGCAUAGUCCAGUUUGGGGACCGAGCCGAAGCAGAAUGCACUGAACCAAUAGGCCAGACAGACUAUGAUUCCUGGAAACAUCAGAUGGAUUCCACAGACAUGAAAGCCUUGAAGGCAGGAUUCCCACUGCCAAUGAACAAGUUGGCCAACGACGUAAAAGCAAAGAAGAUGAACACAUGCCUCCUUAAAUUGGUCGACGACCCUUCAGCUUUGCAAAAAGCUGUGAAGAUCAGACGUAUGGAGCUUGAGGAUGUGAAAGCCUACCACGCAGUGGCAAGCCUGCAUAGUCAGCCUGAGGCAGACAAUUUCAAAAGGAAAGAACCAAGCCCGGCUUUGCAAAACCAGAAGAAGCAUCUCGCCGAGAUCCACAACCUUUAG